AAUCCACCUUAAAAUCUCUGCCUUAAACUGCACCAGCCCCCAAAAUAUCCAAGGGGGGAAAGCAAGGGGGGGGAGAAGAGAGCAGAUUCCCCCCUCCCCCCUCCUCUCCCAUCCCUCCCCCUUCCUCCUCCCUUUGGGUUAACAAGGCCCUGCUCACUAUAUCUCUUUAUAUUAAAUAUAUAUAUAUUAGAGAAGAGCAAGGAAGAGAAUCACCUCCGCCCCCUCCUUUUUAAAUUUUUUUUAAAUUUUUUUUUUGCAAGGAUUCCGAGAGCUAAGGUGGCUGCAAAAGGGAGAGCGGCGCGAGCCAAGUGGGGGAGGGUGGAGGAAACCCGGGAGAAGGCUUUCUCCAGCCCCCAAAGUUUUGAUGAUGACCAUGACUACGAUGGCUGACGGCUUGGAAGGCCAGGACUCGUCCAAAUCCGCCUUCAUGGAGUUUGGGCAGCAGCAGCAGCAGCAACAGCAGCAGCAGCAGCAACAGCAGCAGCAACAGCAGCAGCCGCCGCCGCCGCCACCGCCGCCACCGCCGCAGCCGCACUCGCAGCAGACCUCCCCGGCCAUGGCAGGCGCGCAUUACCCUCUGCACUGCUUGCACUCGGCCGCGGCGGCGGCGGCGGCGGCCGGCUCCCAUCAUCACCACCACCAGCACCACCACCACGGCUCGCCCUACGCGUCGGGCGGAGGCAACUCCUACAACCACCGAUCUCUCGCCGCCUACCCCUACAUGAGCCACUCGCAGCACAGCCCUUACCUCCAGUCCUACCACAACAGCAGCGCGGCCGCCCAGACGCGCGGGGACGACACAGAUCAACAAAAAACUACAGUGAUUGAAAACGGGGAAAUCAGGUUCAACGGAAAGGGGAAAAAGAUUCGGAAGCCUCGGACCAUUUAUUCCAGCCUGCAGCUCCAGGCUUUAAAUCAUCGCUUCCAGCAGACUCAAUACCUGGCCCUUCCCGAGAGAGCCGAACUGGCAGCUUCCUUAGGACUGACACAAACACAGGUGAAGAUAUGGUUUCAGAAUAAACGCUCUAAGUUUAAGAAAUUGCUGAAGCAGGGCAGUAACCCCCAUGAGAGUGACCCUCUCCCAGGUUCAGCAGCCCUGUCACCUCGCUCGCCAGCACUUCCUCCAGUGUGGGACGUUUCUGCCUCCACCAAGGGCGUUAGCAUGCCCCCCAACAGCUACAUGCCUGGCUACUCACACUGGUACUCCUCGCCACACCAGGACACCAUGCAGAGACCACAAAUGAUGUGACUUCCCAGAGAAGCUCUGAGAACCCAGGACUCACCUGCAUUUGCCAAACAGCCUAAGCUACAAGCUCAGAGGAACUGUCCCUGGGAUCUGGGAUCUGGGUCUCUCCUCUCUUCUCUCUUCUCUCUCUCUCUCUCUCUCUCUCUCUCUCUCUC